CACGACAUAAUUCUAUUAUUAAAAAAUACAACCAAUCUUCUAGAAUUGUACAAAUUCCAAAUAAGAUAUUAAAAGAAUUUAAGCAAACUAUGGUUUUUCUUAUUCAUCAAAAACUUUCUAAUAAUUUUAAGCAUAUGGGACAUCAAA